CUCCUUUUAAGAAAAAUCAAAAGAAAAAAUCACACACCGAAAUUCUUGUAAUUCUCCAACAAUGGCCGAUUUCUUCACUGAUAGCGACGACGACAAGGCGGUCGAGGAGCUCUUAUCUCAGGCCAUGGACGCCACCGUUCUCGAGCAGGUCGCCGCCGUCAAUUGCGCCGGCUUCAACGACGACGGCCUCCCUUCCCAUCUCCAAGCCCGCUUUCAGAAGCUCAAAACUUUCCCUUCUUCAGCCGCGAAUCCCACUCCCCUCUCCACAAAAAGCUUCAACCUUUCACACGCGAACGACGCCCCAAAUCAAGCAAAACCCCCCCUUGUUUCCAGCGAAGAAGAAAAAGGCGCGGAGAAGAAUGUGGAAAAUCAGCCCACCAAGUGUUCGACAGAAGUCCCAGAUGAAAAGAGCAGCUUCUCUGACACCGGAUCGCCUUUCAAGGAAAUCCCACAACGGAAAUUGAAGAAAAACGAGGCAAGGUCUCUGUCUCACUCUUCUUACGAUGGUUUCUCUAGUCGUUCCGCCUCUCCACCGGCGAAAAGCGGCUGCUUUAUGUGUUCUCCUAAAAAGGUGUUGAAGAAAAAGAACAAGGAAAAUAGGGGUUUUGAUUGUGGGAAGAGCGAUGAGCUGUUGUCUGAUUUGAGUAAUUUCUCUGUGAGAAGUCAGAGAAGGAUGAUGAAGAAGGCUAUGGAGGAGGAGGAGAGGAUUUCUAGGGAGGCUGAGAAGAUUGUCAAGUGGGCUAAGCAGGCCUCUGCAAGAAUGGAAUUUUCUGGGGUUGGAGAUGAGCUAAGUGAUGAUGAUAAUGCUAAAUUUGCAUGAUCUGUUUGGUUCCUUCUUAUAUCUAGUGUUUCUUGCUCUUCUAUCUUUGAUGUGUAGCAAUGAUUUUCUGGUUUUGUGCUUACUAUAUAGAAACAUACAUAUGUUAGAUUUACUAGGUUAUUGUCUGAAAAUGAACUAAUGGAAAAGAAGAAAUAUAAUUCCAAUUACAAGUA